UUUCCAGCUGAUUCCCGUUUGUUUACCAUCAAAGGUUUAAGCCAGCAGGGUCUUUAUCUGUGUGUCAGUCAGUAGUUAUUAUGUGCAAUGGUGCUUCAAAAUUCUGGGAGAUUUAGGACUGAUAGGUUUAAAAAAAAUACCGAUGGAGAUUCAAGUGGACAGGAUGAUGGCUCUGACAGACGCCUUCAGCAGAGCUUGGAGAAUGAUGCUCUUGAUACCAAAUAUGGCUUUAAUCGCUACAAAGAGUCCCAGGAGAUUGUUGGGUGGCUUCUCAACAUGCACCCUACUGAAGUUCUCAAUGAAGACAAAAGACUUGUGAGUGCCGUUGACUACUACUUUAUCCAAGAGGAUGGAUCCAGGUUUAAGGUAUCCCUUCCCUACCGCCCUUACUUUUAUGUAAUGACAAAGACGGAUGUGAUUCAGGAUGUCACUACCUAUUUAACAAAGAAGUUCUCUGGCCAUCUUGCCACUGUAGAAGUGGUGAGGAAAGAAGAUCUCGAUUUGGAUAAUCAUCUCACUGGCCUGAAGCAGACAUUACUGAAGCUAUCCUUUAUGACUGUCAAUGACUUAAUGAAGGUAAAACAAUCAAUCCAGACAGCUGUUAGAAGAAACAAGGAAGCUGCCAAGUCCAAGACAGUUUACUCUGAGAUGUUAUCAGCUCAGUAUGCUGGGGAAACAAGUGAGUCUGGCAGGCGAACGCAAGAUCACUUAGAUAAUCUAUUGGACAUGAGAGAAUAUGAUGUCCCAUUCCAUGUUCGAGUUUCCAUUGACUGCAAGAUCUUUGUUGGCUUGUGGUACUCUGUUCGAGGCGGAGGAACAGGACCUCCCAUCAUUACUCGUCGGGAUGACUUGCUGGUGUGGCCAGACUGUAUUGUGUUGGCUUAUGAUAUUGAGACUACCAAGCUGCCCCUCAAGUUUCCAGAUGCAAAUACUGAUCAAAUUAUGAUGAUUUCUUAUAUGAUUGAUGGCCAGGGUUACCUGAUAACCAACCGAGAGAUUGUCGGUGAAGAUGUGGAAGACUUUGAAUACACUCCUCGGCCAGAGUUUGAGGGACCUUUUGUUAUUUUCAAUGAACCUAAUGAAAUGGGUUUGAUUCAGAGGUUCUUUGAUCACAUCUUAGAGGUAAAGCCUCAUAUUUUUGUUACGUACAAUGGUGACUUCUUUGAUUGGCCAUUUGUUGAGGCACGGGCAGCAUUCCACAAUCUUGAUAUGUUCCGUGAGAUUGGAUUUUCCAAGAACCGAGAAGGAGUAUACACCUCACGUCCCAGCGCUCACAUGGACUGUUUGUGUUGGGUGAAGCGAGACUCUUACUUACCUGUUGGGUCCCAGAAUUUAAAAGCUGUAGCUAAAGCCAAAUUACGAUAUGACCCAGUGGAGCUCGACCCAGAAGACAUGUGUCCCCUCGCAGCAGAACAACCACAGGUGCUGGCUAAUUAUUCAGUGUCAGAUGCUGUGGCCACCUAUUACCUCUACAUGAAAUACGUCCACCCAUUUAUUUUGGCUCUCUGCACUAUUAUUCCCAUGGGACCUGAUGAUGUGUUACGCAAGGGGUCAGGCACACUGUGUGAGGCUCUGCUGAUGGUGGAGGCCUAUCAUGCCAACAUUGUGUAUCCCAACAAACAAGUGUCUCAGCUAAACAAACUUACCUCUGAUGGCCGUGUGUUGGACCAAGAAACAUACGUCGGAGGGCACGUGGAAGCCAUAGAAUCAGGAGUGUUCCGUGCAGACAUUCCGUGUAGAUUUAGGAUGGCUCCAGAAGCUUUCCAAAAGUUGUUAGAUAAUGUGGACCGUACAAUAAAAUUUUGUGUUGAAGUAGAAGAAGGCGUCCCUCUAGAACAAGUGACCAAUUAUGACGAGAUCGUUGACGACAUCAAGAAGAAAUUAGCAGACCUACGUGACACUCCCUGCCGCUUGGAGAACCCCCUAAUUUACCAUCUGGAUGUUGGUGCCAUGUACCCCAAUAUUAUUCUUACCAAUCGACUCCAGCCAUCUGCUAUGGUCGAUGAAACUGUGUGUGCAGCUUGUGACUUCAAUAAACCUGGUGCAACAUGUCAGCGAAAGAUGUCAUGGAUCUGGCGUGGUGAUGUAAUACCUGCAUCCCGCAGUGAAUAUCAGCGGAUUCAGCAACAGCUAGAAACUGAACGUUUUCCUCCUGCUUUUCCUGGCAUGAAGCACAGAGCCUUCCAUGAACUCAACAAAGAGGAGCAAGCAGCUGCUGAGAAGAAGCGUCUCCAGGAAUACUGUCGCAAAGCCUAUAAAAAAAUCAAGGAAACAAGAACAGAGGAACGCUGGCAGACCAUUUGUCAACGAGAAAACAGCUUUUAUGUGCACACUGUGAGAUCCUUCAGAGAUCGUCGUUAUGAGUACAAAGGCCUUCUGAAAGUGGCCAAAAGAGAGUUGGGAGAGGCUCAAGGAAAGGGGGAUCCUUCAGAAAUCAAAGCAGCCAAUGCACGAGCAGUGUUGUAUGACUCCCUUCAGCUUGCUCAUAAGUGUAUUCUCAACUCAUUUUAUGGAUAUGUGAUGAGGAAAGGAUCGCGUUGGCAUUCGAUGGAAAUGGCAGGCAUUGUGUGCUAUACAGGAGCGACCAUCAUCACUAAAUCCAGGGAGAUUGUUGAGCAGAUUGGACGUCCUUUAGAGCUGGACACUGAUGGUAUUUGGUGCAUCCUUCCAUCUUCAUUCCCAGAGAAUUAUGUGAUAAAAACAAAUAAUCCCAAGAAAGCUAAAGUGACAAUAUCCUAUCCUGGAGCAAUACUUAAUGUCAUGGUGAAGGACCAUUAUACAAACCAUCAGUACCAUGACCUUGUGGACCCAGACAACUUGGAGUACUCUGUGCGGUCUGAGAACUCCAUUUUCUUUGAGGUGGAUGGCCCAUAUCAGGCUAUGAUACUCCCAGCAUCUAAGGAAGAAGGUAAAAAACUGAAGAAGCGCUAUGCAGUAUUCAACUUUGAUGGCUCGUUAGCUGAACUUAAAGGGUUUGAGGUGAAGCGCCGUGGAGAACUACAGCUGAUCAAGAUCUUCCAGUCAUCUGUAUUUGAAGCUUUCCUGAAGGGAGACACUCUGGAAACCUGUUAUGCCAGUGUUGCUAAGGUGGCAGAUUAUUGGUUAGAUGUCUUGUACAGUAAAGCUGCCAAUAUGCCUGAGUCAGAAUUGUUUGAAUUGAUCUCAGAGAAUCGAUCAAUGAGCAAAAAACUUGAAGAAUAUGGAGCUCAAAAGUCUACCUCCAUCUCUACUGCUAAACGACUUGCAGAAUUCUUGGGAGACCAGAUGGUAAAAGAUGCUGGUCUGAGUUGCAGGUUUAUUAUCUCUAAAAAGCCAGAAGGUGCACCAAUUACUGAAAGAGCCAUACCACUAGCCAUCUUCCAGGCAGAGUCUUCAGUGAAGCAUCAUUACUUGCGUCGUUGGCUCAAGGAUCCAUCACUUACUAACUUUGACAUCAAGAAUGUGCUAGACUGGCAAUAUUACAUAGAGAGAUUGUCAGGAACUGUGAUGAAGAUUAUAACCAUCCCUGCAGCUCUUCAGGGUGUUGCCAACCCAGUCCCCAGAGUUGCACAUCCUGACUGGCUCCACAAGAGAGUACUUGAGAGAAAUGAUACCUUCAAGCAGCGGCGCAUCACAGACAUGUUCUCUGCUGCCCCAAAACCCAAGCCUCAGCGAAGAGUACAGACUGUAGAGGAGGAUUCAGAGCAAGAUCUAUUUGCAUCGCAAGAUACCCCAGAUAUUGAGGAUGUUGUAGCAUCACACUCACGCAACACAAAAAGUUCAGGGCCUACAGUGACAAGUACCAAGCGCAAGAGAGUAUCAGACUUAGAGGAAGCAAGUAAUGACCUGACCAGAAGUUGGAGAGAUGUUCUGGGCAAUUCACCAAGAAUGGGAAACUCUAAGGAAGAAAUAGCAGUCUGGAUUAAAUUUCAAAAAAAGAAAUGGGAGUUCCAGCGCUUACAGCGGGAAAAUCGAUCAAAGAGAGUACGGACUGGGAAUUGUCCAACCAUUGACAGAGGUGGUGGUCGGGCUGAGUCUGGCAGAGUAGUCAGAUCAGGACCCACCACUACUCUGGGUGGAUUUCUCCGCAAGACUCAGCGUACUCUCAUGGAUGUUCCCUGGCAGAUUAUUCAGCUUGCAGAAACAAACACCCCGGGACAGUACAAAUUGUGGGCUUUAGUUGGUCAUGAUCUUCAUCUCAUCAAAUUAAUUAUCCAACGAAUAUUUUAUGUUAACCAACGAGUGCCUAAACCAGAGAUUGAAACAGGUGGAGUGUGGCGUAAGGUGAACAAAACCCUCCCUCGUUCUCACCCUGUCUACAACCUCUAUGAAUACACAGUUCCAGAAGAAGUGUUUUGUGAACAUAGUAAUGAGCUCAUGGCAGAUCUCUCCACUCCUGAUAUUGAAGGGAUUUAUGAAACACAGGUUCCACUUGAAUUUAGAGCCAUAGCUCAGCUGGGCUGUGUGUGUAUGGUGGACAAAACAAUCGCUCGAUCUGACACUGACACAUUUGAAUUAGGCCAGCUCAAGUUUAAGACUGUGGCUCAGUUCCAGUACUUAGAAGAGGGCAGCUUGUCCCAUGUCUAUCUUUAUCAUCACCGUAGUGGUAACAAAGCUAUGUUUAGUAUCAUUUUCAACCAGAGUAAAAAGGCACACAUCUUUGUUCUGGAUACAGUGCGCAGUAACCAGAUGCCUAAUGUUAAUAACCUUUAUAAUUCUGAAAGAAAUGCCAAAAUUACGAAAGGACAUGACGAAUCACUGCUUCCAGAAUCCAACUAUACGUUUGAGAUCAAAUUUGAAACUGAAGUGAGACAAAUUUUCCGACAAAUACAGCGACUUUUACAAGGGUAUAGAGAUGAAAAAAGAGGGCCAACUUUUCUGGCUAUUCAGUCCCCACAUGACCUGCCUACCUUGACAGCUCUUAUGCCUGGUUUAGGAGAAUUUCCUCAAGUUCCUGUCCAUGUAACUGAUGUUGACACAUUGUAUAAUGUUCUUGACUGGCAACGAGUGGGAGCUAGAGCAAUGGUACGGCACUUUCUUGGACUAAACCAGUUGUUACAGACCUCAAUGGAACAGAGUCGCUAUUUUCACUUGCCCGUUGGUAACUUGCCACGUGACACUACUGCAUUUGGUGCCGACCUGUUCUAUGUAAGGCACCUACAAAAGCAUAAUGCAGUUAUAUGGUGUUCCCCAGGACCCAGACCUGACUUAGGUGGUCAUGAGCAUGAUGACAAUCGACUGGUUGCUGAUUUGGAAGAUGCUGCAUCUGCUGCCCAAGUUAACAACUCUGGUUGCUACUCAAAUGUUUGUGUUGAACUAGAUCUGGAUGCAUUAGCAGUAACUACACUCUUACAGGCACACCACAUUAAUGAAAUGGAGGGAACAAGUAGCAGUGUGGCAUUUGAUGCGCCUCAUGCCACUUUACAAGACAUGAUGGGUGGGGCCGAGUCAGCUCUCACAGCAUAUGAUGAAACUGCCCGCUGUGCUCCAGCAUUUAGGAUUCUCCGGCAGAUGGUCGCUGCUUGGCUUCGUGAUGUUUCCAUCUACCAAAAUGUAUUUGCAGACUUUCAGAUAAUACACUUCUACCGAUGGCUACGUGAUUCGAACUCACUUUUGUAUGAUCCCGCACUUCAUCGCAUUCUUCACACACUCAUGCACAAAUUGUUCCUUCAUCUUGUUGCUGAAUUUAAACGUUUGGGUUCUGUCAUCGUUUUUGCCAGUUUUAAUAAAAUAGUUUUGUGCACCAAAAAGAAAAGAGUUGAUGAUGCCAUUGCUUAUGUACAGUAUGUGGUAAACAGCAUUCGUGGCAAAGAACUAUUUCAUUCUAUUGACAUAUCCUUUAACCAGUGUUGGGAAUACCUCUUAUGGUUGGACCCUGCAAACCAUGGCGGCAUAAAGGGAAAACUACCCAAGGAUCUUUCACAGACACAAGAUGAUACCCAAAAUGAAAAUAAAGACUCUGAUGAUGAAGAGGAGGAAUCAGAAGGGCAAAAGAACACAGAUACCAAUAAUGAAGGAGAAGGAGAGGAGGAUGGUUCAGUUAUUGAGAUGAAUUGGAAUAUGGCAGAGUAUCUUCCUGAGUGGUGUGGCUGUCAGAGCAGCUUCAACAAUGUAAUAGCCUCAUACAUGAAUGCAGUGUAUGAGAAAUUGCAGGAGGAGAGUGGGCGAUUUACUCCCGGUAAUACACCCAUGAAGCGUAAAGUUUCCAGCCAGGCCAGUCGGAAACCAGAUGAUUCCCUUCAGGGGUAUGUAGAGUUUGCCCAAGAUCUUGUAUCAGGAGAGUUAGCCCAAAAACUUUACUUCAUAACUCAGAAGAUUCAUAAAAAAGGAACAAGUGGAAGAGAAGAAGAGGAUGAGUCAACCAGUCUAAUAGUCUCUGAUGACUCUCACAAUAUUCCAGCACUAGAGUUUGUGAAGAAUGUCACCAAAGUCUUGUCAUUGGACUCAACAGUUACAGAACAGGUUUAUAAGUUACGCCGAGACCUUCUCAAGCUGCUGAACAUUGGAGAAUUUUCCCCAGAGGCUCAGUGGAAAGAUCCCUGUGUCUCCUAUGUCCUGCCUGAGGUUAUCUGUCGUGCUUGUAACCACUGCCGCAACAUUGACCUGUGCAAGGACACUUAUCAGGCUGUGGAGAAUGGAGUACGUGUGUGGCUGUGUCCAAUAUGCAAGACAAGUUAUGCAUCUGAUGAAAUACAGCAUCAGCUGAUAGCCCUUAUUCACACCAACUCCAUGGCACAAGUUCUUCAGGAUCUUCAGUGUGAUCGCUGCUCACAGGUGAAGCAGCCCAACAUGACCUUGUACUGUACUUGUGGAGGACGCUACAAGACUCUCCUAAACCAAGCUGAUUUUAGCCACAAGCUCAGAGUCUUCAGUAAAAUUGCCAGCAUUUACAACAUGCCAUAUCUAAAGGAGACCAUAGAAUGGAUGAUCUCAAACAAUACUUGGAUAUCUACAUAGUUUAAAGCAAAUUUUUCAGAGCACUUCAGUUGGAAAAUACAAACAUAAAAUAGAUAAAUUACAAAUGCAAAUUUUUUUUAAUUUUAUUCUAAUUUUUGUAUACAAAUUUUACACAUGAUAAAAAAAUAUAAUGACUAUCUAUUUUA